CAUGGCGUGCACUGAGUACUGCCUCCUCUUCUUCAAGCACAAAUGAAAAGACUAGAGCAGUCAGACCGAGACGAGCCUUAUUUUACGUUCCAGGAAGUGAUGAAAGAAAAAUUCAUAAAUCUAUUUCGGUCGGAGCAGAUUGUGUAGUGUAUGAUUUGGAAGAUAGUGUUUCAUCUAGUAAAAAAGGAACUGCAAGACAUAUGGUCAUUGAUGCUUUAGAGGCAUCUGAACACGGAAAAGCAGAAAAGGCGGUUCGAAUCAAUGCUGUAGGAUCAGGACAUGAAUUGGAUGAUUUGAAUGUGAUUCUUCUUUCCAAACGAUUACAAGCCAUUGUAAUCCCCAAAGUUCAAAGUGCCAAAGAUAUUCAGUUUGUCAGUCGAAUGAUUGACUCGGUUGCUAUAGAAUCACAACGUGAGCGUAUUCGAUUAAUUGCAUCGAUUGAAAGUGCGCUUGGUAUGAUGAACAUUAAAGAAAUUGUCACGGCUGAUCCCAGAUUAGAUGCAUUGAUUUUUGCUGCUGAGGAUUACUGUGCAGAUUUAGGUUUGGUUCGAUCCAAAUCAAGAAGGGAAAUGUUAUUUGCACGUCAAUUGAUUGUCAAUGCUGCUGCUGCUUAUGGAUUACAAGCCAUUGAUUUAGUCUGUGUGGAUUUCCAAGAUGAUGAAAUUCUUGCCGAGGAAUGUAAAGAAGGAAAGCAAUUUGGAUUUGCCGGUAAACAAGCCAUUCAUCCUGGUCAAAUCGAUAUCAUUCAGAAGGCCUUUUUACCGGACCCUAAAGAUCUUGAAAGAGCUAUUCGUGUUGUUCAAGGCUAUGAAGCAAACGCACAAAAGGGUGUGGGGGCAUUUAAUUUAGAUGGCAAAAUGAUUGAUAUGCCAGUGGUUCGAUGGGCUGAAAAGGUGGUUUCUCGAGCAAAGGCUGGAGGCAUGGUGAUACCCGAAGUUGAAUCUACUGCCACUACUGGAAAAGAUUAAAAAAGCAAUUUGAAUUCCCGAUUUUCUCAAUCUUUAUAAAAUGUUUCUCACGCUUUUCAUUUCAAUUUGCUUUUUUGCUUUUUUCACA